UUUACGCAAACGGUCACACUGACCAGAAGCAAAUUUAAUUUUAUUGCCAUUUAGAAAGCUAGAAUAACAAUGGGAGUUUGCCGCUUUUUUCAACAAGGUUCCUGCCGCUUUGGCUCCAAGUGCCACAACGAACACUUCGAUGUUAGGCAUUACCUAAAAACGGAUAUUGAAUCCGGUCUCAAUGGCAAAAUGUGGCCAUUUUCGGUUUAUGGACCUUUUAAGGACAAACCCAAUUUACCCAACUUCAUUGAGGAUCAGUCCUUCGAAGAGGUGCGUUUGCAAGCGUACGAAAGUCGUCGCCAGAACUGCUUCGAACAGUUCCACAUGCAGUUCUCCAAGGAGGUGCAUGAGGCAACCAACAAAAUGAAGCUGCUGCUGCAGACAACGCCACAAACCAUCGACGUGAUGAUCAAGCUCUACGAAUUGCCCGAAUCCGCCAACCAGCCAGCAGCCAAUGUCAAUAGCAAUCCAUUUGGCUACGUUGCCAACGCUUCCGCUCCCGGCUCCGCUGCUGCUGUUCAGACGCCUGUCUCUAUUUUCAGCAAGCCCACGUUGAGCGCCAGUGGUGGCAAUAUUUUUGGUGGCGCUGCUGCAACCAACACCACCAACACCAGUGGCGGUACCAAUAGUUUCUUUGGCGGCAACACGGCAACAAAUACAAAUCUCUUUGGAGGUGCAACAAACACAAAUAUUUUCGCCCAACAACAGCAGCAACCACAACAAAUAUUUGGACAGCAGCAGCAUGCGCAGCAGGUGCAACCUGGUGGCAUCUUUGGACAGCAGUUGCAACAGCAGUCGCAGCAGCAGCAGUCAAAUCUGUUUACAUCUGCACAACCAGCAACGAAUCCAUCGCCCUUCGCCUUUGCACCACAACAACAACAGCCACAAGUUGGCAACAUUUUUGGCCAAGCUGCUAUGGCGCCACCAACAAAUACGAGCAGCAUAUGGCCUAAUGGAUUCUUUGAGCAGGCAACGUUAGGGUCAGCGCAGCAACAACAGCAAAUGCAAUCGGAGGCGCCACAACAGAUGCAACAGCAACAACAACAAAAACCAGAUGCAAGCACUUCCUGUGUAUAUAGUCGCCUGGAGGAUCUAACGCCCGAGGAGAUUGCGGCAUUUAAAGCCGAACAAUUUUCACCUGGUCAGGUGCCAUUUAAGCCACCUCCUCGCGAGCUGUGCUGAGCCACAUAAAUCCUUACAAAUUACAGAUAAAACGAACUAAUAUUUUAAUUGCAAACUUAAACUACAAAUAUAAGAAAUUAAAGUAAAUUAAA